GCUGUUACUCUCUCUGCAUGCAUUUGACGUAUGGGUCGUCGCUAUUUUACACAGGUAGAUUUGCUUCUUGUUCAUGGUCUUGCACAAUAUAUUGCACAAACGGUUGACAUUCGGUACUCGUACAUAUGUUUGUUGUCAGCUGGCUAUUCGUGCACUUAACACAGGACUAUCUUUCGGAAUGGCGUGUGCUACCCCUUCUGUUAAGAAACAACUGACAACUGAGCCAUACGCCGAUCAAAAACAACACUGGCCAAAAAGCGGCCGUCACAUUGUGGCCCAGUACGACGAGAAUUCAGUGGUUGUGUAUCAAGCUUUCAACCCGUCUAUCGCCAGUUAUGCAGUGGAGCACCAGGAGUUUGGUGGUGACAGCUUCAGUUACACGCGCAUGUCAUGGAUCAAGACCAACUUCCUGUGGAUGAUGUAUCGAUGCGGGUGGGUCGCGAAGAAGAACCAGGAGAGAGUGCUUGCCGUCACCUUAACACGCGACGGCUUUGAGGAGAUACUCGCAAAUGCCUACACAGUCCAUUUUCAGAAGUCACGCAAUGUAAGGACAGAAGACAUUGAAGUACGACUACAGUGGGACCCUGAUCACACUCCUUCAGGAGGGAAGGUGGAGCGAAGGGCUAUUCAGCUUGGCCUCAAAGGAAAUAUGCUAAAGAAGUAUGGAAAGCAAUUCAUUGUGAAAAUUGAAGACAUUACACCAUUUGUGAAGGAGCAACAUCAGGUAUUGAACGAGAAGGGUCAGUGGGAGAUCCACACCCCUAGUGAAAGAGUCUACAACGUCACCGACCAGGCCGUGGCACAGAGGAUUGCCCUGGACUUCCAUGAAACUGGGCCAACUCUGGUCUCCUCAACAUCAUGAAACUGGGCCAACUCUGGUCUCCUCAACAUCAUGAAACUGGGCCAACUCUGGUCUCCUCAACAUCAUGAAACUGGGCCAACUCUGGUCUCCUCAACAUCAUGAAACUGGCCUAACAACUCUCUCCUGUAGAUGCAGAAACUUGUCCAAGUAUUGUCCCCUGGAGGUAACGAAACUGGUCCAAAUAUUGUCCCCUGGAGGUGACGAAACUGGGCCAAGUAUUGUUUCCUGGAGGUGACGAAACUGGGCCAAGUAUUGUUUCCUGGAGGUGACGAAACUGGGCCAAGUAUUGUUUCCUGGAGGUGACGAAACUGGGCCAAGUAUUGUUUCCUGGAGGUGACGAAACUGGGCCAAGUAUUGUUUCCUGGAGGUGAAGAAACUGGUCCAUGACCUUCUCCUGAAAUUAAUUUAAGUUGGCUGAAUAUUGACUCCCAGUGGUGAUGACAUAUUAGAUCUGGUUUAUUUUCUCAUUGUUGAAAAGCAUUUUAUAUAUACAUUUUUAGCAGUAUACAUUUUUAAUAAAAACUGUGAAAACUCUAAAAAGAAGUUUUAAGUGUGAAUUUGUUAUGUGAUAUUUCUCAUGUGCAAGGAGUAAUGUGUUUUUCAUCUGUAUUAUGCAGAAAAUAUUUGAAUAUAAAAUUUCAGCAGUUCUUUUUAUGAAGUGACUUUCUUUGACAUCUUAAACUGUUGACUACAUACCCAGGUGAGCUACAGCCGAUUCCAGGGGCAAUACAUACUUUUGUAUGAAAUAAACACAAAUAUACCAAUUAUUGUGACAAACUGAAUUUUUCAGUUUCUACUUUCACAUUUCUGUGCAUUAGGCUACCUUAAAACUGAAGAAGACAUUUUGUUGUUGAACUUAUGAACAAAUAGCAUUUUUGGAUGGAUACAUGUCAUUGUGUUGAAAAGUUUAUUGUUAUUACACAUGAUUUUGUUGAUAUUCAUAUGCAAUAAAUGUAUCA